AUGGCUUCACGUUCCAAGUGGACGAGACAUUCAACUGUAGACGAGGCAUUAAACUGUAGACGAGGCAUUCAACUGUGGACGAGGCAUUCAACUGUGGACGAGGCAUUCAACUGUGGACGAGACAUUCAACUGUGGACGAGACAUUCAACUGUGGACGAGACAUUCAAGAAGUCGACCGUGUCCAACCGUCGAUUUGACCCAAACAACCCCAACCGCAUCACGGAUCCUUUCCAAGAUACUGUGGGUAUAAACGAGUACCUUGAAGAUCUCAACGUCGGUAACGCCCCAGACAACCCGUUCCUGCCGUACCCCGGAAGCCCAGAGAUCGAACGCACCUCACUCUCACCAAAAGUUCCGAACGACGCCGAAGAGCAACCGCAAGGUAGCGGGUCAGUCGGUCUUCUGCUACGGCAACGCGACUCAUGGGGAUACGGAGCACAUGCGCCGACGAGCCUGGCUGGCGGUGCCGGCCACCCAAGCUCCUUCCCAUUGAACCAACCAUACGUGCGACUGGACGACUAUACUCCUACACAGCCAAUUCUAUCGUACCCCGGUACUUCGCCUCAAUACGGUCAGUCGAUCAAUAUGCCGCCUGGCGUUCCUCGCAGACGUUCAGAUAAUAUGAGCGUCGAAUCCCCGAUUUCACACCACUCGCACGGCUCUCGUGACAACUCAGCCAGCUCUGUUGUGGAUCAGGAGCAGCAGAGUGACACAGGACUUGUAUCCUCAUUCACCAGUCGUGCCGAGAGGUUGGCCUAUGAUAUGCCAGUGAUGAGUGUCAUUGAAGAAGCAAAUGGAAGAUAG